CUUAUAGGUACAACAUGAACGUAGUCGAGCUGGUCCUUCUCGCUGCCUGUACAGCCCUGCUAUUCUCCUUCGCUCAUUCCUCACCAGUCAACGAGCAAAGGUUAUAUGAGCUUAGCCCGGAAGAAUUUGAGCAAGCAAAACUCUAUGAGAACCUCCGACAGGCACUAGCUGAAGCAGAUGAAAAUCAGAUGUCGAAGAGAGCCCAGACGUUCGUGCGAUUCGGAAAGCGAGCCCAGCCUUUUGUGAGAUUCGGCAAACGAGCACAGACCUUCGUACGAUUUGGCUGAGUCAUGUCAAAGAAGAUAUUUUCUUCCUCAUUCAACAAGCAUCAACAUCACGCAUCGCAUUGAGCUCUAUGAUCUCAGACAAUUUGGAAUCUCGUACUACACCAUUGAUCUCGGAGUUGCUAUACUCAUUUUGUAUCUCCAGUAAAAUAUCUUGUUAGUUGUAGGUUUGGAAAUUUGAAGCAGAGAGAUCUUUGAAUAAAGUUUUCUUGUUU